AUGGCUGGAAAAGCAGUAAAAUCUGUUGCAAAAACAGUUGGUGAGUACCAAUAUCCAUGGCGGGAGAAGUUGGUGAAGUACAAGGAUGAGCUCUCAAAGGGGGUAUGGGGUUACUGGGAGCUUGGUGCUUGGAAAAACCUUGGUAUCAGUGCCCGUAGACGAGCCCGACUGCGCAAGGAAGUGCUUCUUGCUGGGGAAGAUUGGCCAUAUGAUCCAGAAAGGAAAGAAAUGAGGAGCAAGAGGAAAGGGCAUAAGGUUGACAGAAUAGCAGCAGAAAAGCGGGAGAGAACAGCCGAACUAAUGCAGAACAUGCCUCAAAUGCUGGCAGAUUAUAGGAAAAGAAGGUGGGAGAGGAAGAUGAAAGAAGAGGAAGAUGCUGCUAAAAAGGCAGUGCAGGAGUAG